CUCCAAUUCCCCAGGCGGCCGCCAUGCACCUGGUGCGAGCGGCGAUGGCAGCGGCGAUGGUGGCAGGACUCACGUCAUGCACGCGAGCAGCAGGCACUGCGUUUGCCUUCCACACGUCGAUCUUUUCCAACCAUCUCAACUCGGUCUCUCCCUUCGCUACGAAGCUGCAGCGGAUGGGCAUGCUGGGAAGAAAGAGACAUUUCAGCAAGCUUGUCCUCAAGGGCAGCAUCUCCAGCAUGUUCCAGUCCAAGGGAAGGACGCCAGAAGCGCUCAAGGAGACAGCAGCGCUGCUAGCCAGGAAGAAGUUCGACCUUGACAUCGAUGCGAUCCUCGCCAUCGAGGCAGAGCGAAAAGUUGUGCAAAGCAAGGCGAACGAACUUCUCCAUGAGAGAAACACCAAGUCGAAGAGCAUCGGCAUGUUGAAGUCCAAGGGAGAGGAUGUAUCAAGUAUCCUUGAGGAGGUCGAAGGGUUGAAGUCACAAGUGCAGGAGUAUGAAGCCAAGAUGAAAGACAUCGAGGUCAAGUUGGAGCACAUGCUUCUCAACAUCCCCAAUGCCCCGCAUGAGUCAAGCCCUGUUGGAAGCGACGAGACCGAAAACGUCGAGAUUUACAAGUGGGGAGAACCGAAGACAUUCGAUUUUCCGGUGAAGGACCACGUGGAUGUCGGAGCAGGUCUGAAGGGGAUGGACUUUGCUGCAGCAACGAAGAUAUCAGGAGCUCGAUUCGUGACACUCCAGGGUCAAGUUGCUCAGCUUCACAGAGCUCUUGCUCAGUUCAUGCUUGACACGCACGUGGAGAAGCACGGAUACUCGGAGGUCUACGUCCCCUACAUCGUCAACGAGGAGACGCUCAUCGGCACGGGACAACUCCCCAAGUUUGCCGACGACCUCUUCAUGACGGGACAUCAAGACAGAAAGUUUUACCUCAUUCCAACAGCCGAGGUUCCCGUCACCAACCUGAUCCGCGACACUGUCCUUGCCCAGGAUGAGCUUCCUAUCAAAUACACUGCUCACACUCCUUGCUUCCGCUCGGAGGCAGGCUCUUACGGAAGGGACACGCGAGGGCUGAUCAGGCAGCAUCAGUUUGAGAAAGUCGAGCUUGUUCAGAUUGUUCAUCCAGACUCUUCCUACCAGGCCCUCGAGGAGCUCACGGGACAUGCUGAGGCUAUCUUGAAGGCUUUGGAGCUCCCUUACCGCAAGAUGGAGCUCUGCACGGGUGACUUGGGCUUCGGUGCUGCCAAGACGUACGACCUUGAGGUCUGGCUGCCCGCUCAGAACACCUACCGUGAGAUCUCCUCCUGCAGCAACUGUGAAGACUUCCAGGCUCAGAGGAUGAAAGCUCGCUUCAAGAGCUCGGACAAGAAUGCUAAGGGAAACGAGCUUGUUCACACUCUCAACGGCUCAGGCCUCGCCAUCGGAAGGACGCUUGUUGCCAUCCUUGAGAACUACCAGCGGGAAGAUGGGUCGGUAGAGAUUCCCAAGGUUCUCCGCAGCUACAUGGGCGGGAAGGAGGUGAUAGAGGCCGCGCCCUCGUCCUCGUCCUCGUCGAAGAAGCCAGCCGUGCAAGCAGCGUCAUGAGGAGCGAGGAGGGAGGCCUGUAAAACUAGCUUGCAAGACAUUAAAGGAAAAUCCCCGUAAUGCUCCUUCACCUUCCGUCCUUCCCGCACUCGUUGCUUAUUCUCCCUCCCUCCCCUUCCUCCCCU